CACGCGGAAUGAGCAUGGGAUGUGAGAGAUUCUAGGAGAUGAGAUAUAUACUACCAAGUUCAACAAUGGCCUUUGAGAGGACCCUUCAGCAAUUUCGAUACAAUGAAGCUAAUGAUAAUGAAAUGGUGGCAGCUAAUGCGUUGGUCGGCUUAGCCAAUUCUCCUGUUUCUGGAAGCCGCUCUUCAACCGAUUCUGAAGCGUCUGAGCCUUCGCUUGACUUGUUUCUCGGCUGUUUUUCACAUCAAGAUCGGGGGACUUGUGUUCCUCACCGGAAGAAAGUAGAAGAAAUUUCAUUAUUGCCGAAUGCUUUGGGGUUCAGAAAGAAGUCCCAAAUUAGCUCAAGGCUCUUAUGCGGCGAUGUGGAUUUUUCCUCAAUAAUUGGUGCCUGUAAAUCCAAACGGAUAUUGACAGAGGGGGAGAGGGAAGCAAGAAGGUUGCGUCGAGUUCUGGCGAACAGAGAAUCGGCUCGGCAAACUAUUCGGCGCAGGCAGUAUCUUGUGUAGGCAACAUAUGAGGCGUUGGCAAAAAAAGCAGCUGACCUAGCAUUAGAGAAUGAGAGUUUGAAGAUGGAGAAGGAGUUGGCAGCAGAAAAGUAUAACUGUCUGAGAAACACAAAUGAUAAGCUAAAAGCCCAGAUGACAAGAGCAGCGAAGGAAGGGGUACAAAAAUUAUAUAAGUUUCCUAAUUCAAAAACACAAGUAGACCAGUCUUCUUCAACAUCUGCAACUCCGAGCUUCUUUUGUGACCUCUCUCCUUCAUUGCAAUGCAACUGGAGGCAUGUUUUCAAAACAUCAGAUGCUAGCUCUUUGAAACAACAUGGAACCCAAAAUGGCUGGUCUUUCACCGAUACAGGAGAACAAAGUCCACUUUUCGUU